UGGUCUUACAAGUACUAACAUAUGUUGAUUCAAACAUCUAUUUUUGUUUUAACUACCAGUCAAUAAUUGUUGUGAUUUCUGUACUUCAAAAUUGUGAAAAUCAAAAUGUAUUUCAUGGUAUAAUCAUCAAUUCAGCAUCCGCAAGCAAUUAUAAACAAGUAUCCAACGGAAGAAGAGGAAUUAGAAAAAAAUGGCAACCAACAAAGCUCGCACUAGUGGAUUAAUGCGUUCAAAUUGAAGUGUAGCACGAAGUCACUCACAUUGUUUUUUGAAAGUUAAAUCGUCAUGGACUUGACCAUUAAAUCAAUUUUUCGCAUUGUUAUUUUACUCGCAAUAACCCAAAAAAUCUUCACCGCCAAUCCGUGGUACAGCAUCCAUCCUAAUCCGAAAUGCUACACCCCGUCGAAUUGGUGGAUGUUGGCGUACGAGGGUGUCGACGGCUACGGCUACACGUUUUACAUGUUCGUGGAAAAUAAGAGUAAAUGCAUGGCCUUCACGAGCUCUCAUGCUACCGCCAAAUGGUACGCUUUCGAUAGUUGGAUGGAGUGCGAGAUCGAGUGCAGCAGUGACGUUGAUAUUAGUUUGGGUCGAUGAGAACACCUCGAAAGCUCCAGUCCAAU